AUGAUGACGUGUUACAAAGAAUACUGUGGAAAGCCUGCGCAUAAAAAAGCGACUGCGGCUGAUCAUGCUGGAAAUCGUCAAAAGAAGAGGGCGAAUGAGCUUGAACCUCAACAGCAACCUUUUUGUGAUUGUAAGUCCACUCGUCGCGCUUUCAAGAAAGCGGAAAUGUUCCUUAUGAAAAACACACAGAAAGAUCAGUCGAAGAAGACUAUAAUAUAA